GCUGUCAUCAUCACAAUGCCGCGAGGAUUCUUGGUGAAGAGACACCGGCGAGGCUCGGCGUCAUACCGGUCACGAAAUAACAACAAACCUGACGGUGACCAAAGCGGCAGCGGCGGUGACAGCUGUGAAGCGACCGGGGCGGAGAGCCAUGUGUUCAGUGUUUUCCCAUUUCAGCGGCAGGACGGAGAGUUCCCGGUGUCCCACGAGGACCCCGCUGGUGUCAGGGAGGCGUGGAGCCCGCACGUGGAGUCCGCUCUGGAGGCGGAGGCGGACCGACGUGCGCAGUUACCGGACAGCGAGGUGGACGUUUUGAGCCCCGACGGUGAUUUCUCGUGCUUCUUCCCACCGCCGCCUCCUCCACUGACUAACUCCUGCAGCCCCGUUAAACCGGUCGGCACGAGACUUCUUGAGCAGCGCGAGGAAGGAGAAAAACAGCCGCUGUUCACGGGCAGGUGUCUGGCAUCAUCCCCGGUACCAGAGCUACCGGACUUGCCGUUCCUGGUGAGCUCCACGCCGACCUCGGUGUCUGCCUCCAUCGAGAGGAUUCUUGCGAGCAGCAGCCGCCACCACGCGCCGUCCUACGGACACAGUGACAAAUAUGACCCGACUCACGUGCACUUGUUCCCACAUCUAACUGUGAUGAGCCAGGACGCGGCGAGAAAACGCUCCUUCCUCGAUCCGGAUCACCGCCUGAGCAGCAGCAGCAGACACAACAAACAGCCGGUGAGCAGCAACCCGUCGAAAAAAGCUAAAGUUAACCGGAAGCUGAACUUCGAGGAUGAGGUCACGACCUCCCCGGUUCUGGGUCUGCGCAUCAAGAAGGAGAGCCCCGAGCUGAGGAGGCACCGGGAGAAGCCGUCCGCCCCAGGCGGGAAUCAGCCGCUGGGGGAGUUCAUCUGCCAGCUGUGCAAAGAGGAGUACCCAGACCCCUUCUCUCUCGCGCAGCAUAAGUGCUCACGCAUAGUGCGCGUGGAGUACCGGUGUCCUGAGUGCGACAAAGUCUUCAGCUGUCCGGCCAACUUGGCCUCUCACCGCCGCUGGCACAAACCUCGCCCAGUGAGCAACCAGGCAGGUGAGACCCCAACGACGAACAAGAGCUUGACGCUAAAAGAGGCUCGAGGACUUAUUCAGCACGAGAGGCAGCCGGUGGAGAUGGAGGGGAAGGAGAACGAACUGCUGCGCAUGAACACCAAUCAGCACCACGCGGCGCUGGACAGCUCCCGCAUCAGGCGCGAGCAGUCCCUGCUGCUGCUUCACGCGCGGUCUCGGGACAGCCCAGACAGUGACAACCUCGUGCCUCCUCGCUACGAUUCCUCUCCGCGUUACCGGAACCCGGCUGAGAGCUGCAUGGAUCUGCAGCAGCAGGUGAGAGCCGCGGACAGCCCGCCGUCCAGCCUUCUCAUGCUAAACCCGGAGGAGCGCGUGGACCUGCCUCAGCAGCAGCCGCCGCCAUCACUCACGCACCCCCCGAUACCGUUCGUCCAGACGUUGCCGGAGGAGGAGGUGUAUGAGUGCCGGUACUGUGGGAAGAAGUUCCGCCGGCAGGCUUACUUGAAGAAACACCUGGCCGCGCAUGAGAUGACAUCGCGAGCGUCUCCGCCAGCGUCAUCUUACGGCCAAGCGCGCGAGUCCAGUUCUGGACAGAGCCAGGUGUGCCUUUGUCACCUGUGCGGCGCGCGCUUCCCGUCGGUUGAAAUCAGGGACAAGCACCGGCUAUGGCACGCGAUGAGGGACGAGUUAAUCGCGGAGACGCUGGGAGGCGGAGGAGGACGCAGAGCGGACGUUUUCCACCCGCACAGAGAGGAGAGCGGCGGCGGGGAGUGCGGCGAGCAGCAGCAGCAGGCGCAGCAGCAGAUCUUCACGUGCAAACACUGCCCCUCCACUUUCUUCAGUUCCCCGGGACUCACGAGACACAUCAACAAGUCUCAUCCCACCGAGAACCGGCAGGUGAUGCUGCUGCAGAUGACCGUGCGGCCAUGA